AAGGAGAGAUACCUCACUAGGACACUGUCGGAUUCAAAACAACAGCUCAACACAACAUCCAGCUCAUCAGAAAGCUGCUGCUUAGGAUCAAACAGUCUGGAAGGUUAUAAAAAUACCUGCAAAAUCAGGACCCUCACUACGAUAAUGAAUGUGGUAACUCCCAAGUCGCUGUUGAUACUCCUGCUCCUCGCAGCCGUCUGGAUCUCUUACACCGUGUAUCAGAAGUCCACAGAGUGGUGCAGAGAGACCCACUUCACCAACACUGCCUCACUCCUGGGACCUGCACCCACACCCGCAGUGCCUGAGCUGAGAGUCAGGAGGAUCGUGGAGGAGCUUGACAAGCUCAUCCCAGCCCGGCCCUUCACCCAUGUGAGCUCCACCACCAGCGCCACACAUAGCACAGCCACCAUCCUCCACCCACGAGACACAUACUGCAGGGGGGACCGGCUGGAUGUUCUGCUCCAGGCCAGGGACCACUUGGGACGCAGGAAGGAAUAUGGCGGGGAUUUCCUGAGGGCCCGGAUAUCCUCCCCAGCCCUGAAGGCUGGUGCCUCAGGGAAUGUGACCGAUUUCCACAAUGGCACAUAUCUGGUCAGCUUCACUCUGUUCUGGGAGGGCCCGGCCUCCCUGUCUGUCCUGCUCAUCCACCCCAGCGAAGGUGUGUCGGCUCUCUGGAGGGCCAGGAACCAAGGCUAUGACAAGGUGAUUUUCAUGGGGCAGUUUGCCAGCGGGACUUCCUCUGUCAGCACUGUAUGUGGCCUGGCUUUAAACUCAAGUGCAGAAUUGUGUGAGUAUCUGGAUGUCCGAGACCACGAAGCCUUCUACUGUGUGAAGCCACCAGGUCUGCCCUGCGCAGCACUCACCCACAUGCAUUCCAAAAACAAGGACGUUUCUUAUCUCAGCCAACAAGAGAAGAGCCUCUUUAAAUUGUCAAAUAUAGGUGUAGAGAUCAUGGACAGUCACACCACUAUUCACGUCUCCACAUGCAGUAAUAAAGAAGUUCCAGUAAAAGAAAAAUGCAAGCGUGGAAUGGCAGCCACAGUGCCCAGUGGACAUGUCUGGAAAGACUCAUGGAAUCCUGUCUCCUGUCACCUGGCUCCAAUCCCACUGAGGGAAUGCCUGAGAGGGAAGUUCAUUCUCCUACUGGGAGAUUCCACCAUCCGCCAAUGGAUGGAGCACUUUGUAAGAAACAUGAACACUCUUAAGUCAGUGGAUCUGCACGAAUCUGGGAAACUAAAAAACCAACUUGCUGUGGACUUGGACAGGAACAUCAACAUCCAGUGGCAAAAACACAGUUACCCAUUGAUUGGCUCCAUGACCUAUUCUGUCAAAGAGAUGGAGUACAUGGCCCGGGCCAUUGACAGGACUGGAGGCGGCAAAGACACUGUCAUCGUCAUCUCUCUGGGCCAGCAUUUCAGACCCUUCCCCAUUGACAUUUUUAUCCGAAGGGCCCUCAACGUCCGCAAAGCUGUCCAGCGUCUUCUCCUGCGAAGCCCCGACACUCAGGUGUUCAUCAAGGCAGAAAAUACCCGGGAGCUGAACCUUGACGUGGAGCGGUUUACAGACUUCCAUGGUUACAUCAAUCAUCUGGCCAUAAAAGACAUUUUCCGGGAUCUCAAUGUGAGCAUCAUUGAUGCCUGGGAUAUUACCAUUGCAUAUGGCACGAACAUUGUCCACCCCCCUGACUUUGUUGUUAAAAACCAAAUUGAUAUAUUUUUGAACUAUCUCUGCUAGAGAGCA